AUGGAACCAAGAAACAAUGUGACUUUCUUUGUUCUCUUGGGACUCACAAAGAGACCAGAGGAACAGAAAGUACUUUUUGUUAUAUUCUUGCUCUUCUACAUUCUGACCAUGGUGGGCAACCUGCUCAUUGUCAUGACUGUAACUGUUAGUAAAACCCUGGGCUCACCAAUGUACUUCUUUCUUGCCAGCUUAUCAUUUAUGGAUGUCAUUUACUUCUCAUCCAUUUCCCCCAAGUUGAUUUCAGACUUGUUCCUGGGGGAAAAUACCAUAUCUUUCAAAUUUUGAAUGAUACAACUCUUUAUAGAGCACUUUUUUGGUGGGUCAGAGGUCUUUCUUCUGUUGGUGAUGGCUUAUGACCACUAUGUGGCCAUCCGUAAGCCCCUACAUUAUUUGGUUAACAUGAGGCAAUGGGUGUGUGUUGUGUUGCUGGUGGUGUCCUGGGUUGGAGGAUUUUUGCACUGAGUAACUCAACUCAGCACUAUUUAUGGGCUCCCAUUCUGUGGUCCCAAUGUCAUUGAGCACUUUUUCUGUGACAUGUACCCCUUACUGACACUCAUCUGUACUGACACCUAUAUCAUUGGCCUCUCAGUGGCAGUCAGUGGAGGACUGAUCUGUGCUAUUGUGUUUCUGCUUUUGCUCACCUCUUAUGGUGUCAUCUUGCACCCUCUAAAGAACCUGAGUCAGGAAGGGAGGCAGAAAGCCCUCUCGACCUGUGGCUCCCACAUCACUGUGAUUGUUUUCUUCUUUGUUCCCUGUAUUUUUAUGUGUGGAAGACCUGCUAAGACUUACCGCAUUGACAAAUCAUUGAGUGUGUUUUAUGCAGUCAUAACCCCAAUGCUGAACCCUUUAAUCUACACUCUAAGAAAUUCAGAGAUGAAAAAUGCUAUGAGGAAGCUCUGGAGAAGAAAAUUCACAUGA